AUGGUCCUCCGCUACUUUCUGAAUGUUCUUUCGAUCUUUGGCGCUGCCUCGGCAGCCAGCAUGGUUCUGCACGAAAGGCGUUCAACUGUCCCGGCGGAGUUCACCAACAAGGGCGCGGCUGCAGCAAACGAAGUGAUUACUCUGCGUGUGGGGCUCGCACAAAACAACAUCGCAGGCUUACAAGACAAGUUACUCUCCAUAUCCACACCGGGUAGUUCGGAAUUCCGCCAAUGGCUGUCGAUGGAGGAGGUAAAAUCUUUCGUCGAGCCUUCAACUGAAACUCUUGCUGCUUUUCACAACUUCGCCUCGGCGAAUGGUCUGAAGACGAGUGUUAUCUCCCCGAAUGGCGACUGGGUCUCUAUAGACCUCCCGGUCUCCCAAGCCAACAAGCUAUUUGCUGCGAACUUCCAAAAGUUCUCACAUGCAAGCUUAACUGAGCCCCUUAUUCGAACACUGUCUGUCUCGCUGCCCCAGGAGCUAGUUGGUCAUGUCGAGGUCUUACACCCAACUACCGAGUUCACUACCCCAAAUCCGCGCCUUGGUCCUAUCGCCAGCAUGCCACUGCCGGCUGACAAGCGCGCGACCGUACCUGCGUCUUGCAACAGCAAUGUAGCAACCGGUGUAAUAACUCCAGCAUGUUUACAAGACUUGUAUGGCAUUCCGACAACACCGGCCACAGAGAAAAGUAGCACGUUGCUUGUAACUGGCUACGUCGGCCAAUUUGCACAGUCCGCAGAUCUUUCAUCGUUCCUCAAGCUCCUCCGUCCAGACAUUCCAUCGACAACUACAUUUGCUCUCCAGACCCUGGAUCGCGGAACUAACCCGCAAGGCGCAAGCCAGGCUGGUGUCGAGGCCAAUCUUGACAUUCAAUACACCACUGGCAUUGCGACCGACGUACCGGUCAGUUUCCUUACCGUUGGAGGGAACAGUUUCUCCACUGCCCUACUGGAUACGACCACGUUCCUCGAUGGCGUCGCAAGUCCACCGUCUGUCAUGACCACCUCAUACGGUGACACAGAAGCGAACUUUGGAAACAGUCUGGCGACUCGCAUUUGCAAUGGCUAUAUGGCUCUUGGUGCCAGAGGUAUCACAGUUGCAUUCGCCUCUGGCGAUGGAGGUGUCCGAGGAAACCACGACUCGACCAGCGUAUGCAACAACAACGUUUUCAUGCCGGUAUUCCCUGCCGCCUGUCCAUUCCUCACCUCGGUCGGCAGCACUCAAGGUAGCCCCGUCGAAAAGGCCAUCAACUUUACGGGCGGAGGAUUCUCCAACGUAUUCACAUCACCCGCCUACCAAACCGCACAGGUGGCGUCUUUCCUCGCAACGGUACCAGCCAACUUCAAAGGGACCUUCAACCGCGCUGGACGAGGGUACCCAGACGUGGCGUUGCAGGGAUGGAACUUCGAGAUCGUGUCAGGCGGAGUUACUGGUCUCGUUGGCGGGACAAGCGCUUCGUCGCCAUCUUUCGCCGGUCUCGUUGCGCUGAUCAACGACAAGCUGGUCGCGGCCGGCAAACCCACACUCGGAUUCCUCAAUCCUUUCUUAUAUGCCAACGAAGGUGCAUUCACUGAUAUCACUGCGGGACAUAACUCGGGCUUCGUUUGUCCAGCAACGUCCGUUGCAUUUGACGCUGUCGCGGGCUGGGAUGCUUUGACUGGACUGGGCACACCUAUCUUCUCGAGCUUGUUAGCGGCUGCGUUGGCUUAA